AUGGAGGCGGCCUACGUGUACCGCCUGGCGGGCGCGCUGGGCUCGGAGCUGCAGCGGCUCUCGGACCGCUUCGGGACGGCCUCCCUGGCCGGGCUGGUCCCGCAAGUGGUGCGCCUCCUGGAGCUGCUGGAGACGCUGGCCGCGGACGGGACGCCCCCGGGAUCGCUGCUGGGAGCGCCGUCGGACGAGGGACCUCCCGGCGCCGCCGCCGCCGAGCACUCGCGGCAGGUGGCGGAGGAGCGGCUAGCCGAGGCCCAGGAGCGGGAGCGGCGCCUCCAGAGCCGGCUGACCCAGCUGGAAGAGGAGCAGCAGCGAGCCCUGAGCCGCCUGGCGCGGGUCCAAGCCCAGGAAGAGGGCCCUGGUCGCAGAGAGCGGGAGCUGAUGCUGCAGCUGAAGGAGGUGGUGGACCAUCAGAGGGACAAGAUCCGCGCCCAGGACCACGAGAUCCAGCACAAGGCCCGGGACACGGAGGCGCUGCAGGAGCAGCUCAACCGCUUCAUGACCGUGAACGAGAACCUGCGCCGGAAGGUGGCCGUGGUGCAGGCCCAGCUCAGGAGCGCCCUGGAGAGGAAGGGGGAGGCGGAGGCCCUCUGGGAAGCGGAGAGGCGUGGCAGGGCGGCUGGGCCCGCCAGGACCAGCACCCCCACGGAACAGGAGGAGGGGGAUGUAGGAGGGGCUGCAGCCCCCCCAGAACACCCCCCUGACCAGUGCACCUUCUCAAAGGAAGAGCUGCAGCAGAUCCUCCAAGAACGCAACGAGCUCAAGACCCGCCUUUUCCUGGUGGAGGAGGAGUUGGACUAUUACCAGCGGGAGCUGCUUAAUGGGGAGCGGGUCCCUGCCCUCCUCCUGCAUGCAGUGAAAUCUGCCAUCAAGAAACAGCGCAAGAAGAUCUGGGCCAAGAUGCUGGGCACCGAAGAGGAGCCGACGGGCAGGGAGGAAGAGGAGGAGGAGGAGGAUGGUGAGGGGUGGCCGAUAGGCUCUCCUGGCUCUGACCACACAGAUGGCCACCUGCCCGAGUCCAGGAUCAAGAGCUUUUUCAGCCAAUGGUAUCACAGAAGCGCCCAGCCCAGCCCCACGGAAAGCAGGCCUGGAACCUGGGAGAUCAUCACUGCAGAAGAUGUGGGUCCGGGGGAAGAAGAGAACGAAGAAGCGCCCCCCGGUGGCUCCUCUUCCCCAGCCCCAACCUCCCCGCUUCCUUGA